ACGCUCCCAGUGCCGCAGGACGAGGACGACGAGGACACAGAGGACAUUGCUGAGGGGCAGCCACGGCGUCGCUGUGGCCAGGACUGGGCAGCUUCCAAGGCUGACCAGCAUUUGCGUAGGCCCGAGGAUCUGCCUGUGGCUCCUGCUCCUGGCUCUGCUUCUGCUCCAGACCCAAGAUGCACUACCCGCAGCAGCAGCAGCAGCAGCAACAUCCAGCGCAACAGCAGCCACGUCGCCGCAGCAGGCUGGGGUAUCCCGUGGCGCUCCUAGUGGCGGCCAUGGCCCACACCACACACCUAAUCGUUUUCCAGCCACAGGACUUGACCACCAGGACAACUCCACCGCAGCAGCCGCAGCAGCCGCAACAUCUGAUGCUGAAGCCACAGAACCAACACCAGCCGCAGCCACUUCAACAUCAAGCUCCAAGGACGAUGGCGAUGCUGAGCAGAUGCUGCCACAGAUUCCGUCGUAUAUCCGCACAACCGCCAUGUUCUUCUGCAUAGUCAUCAUGCUGCUGGGCGUGGUGGGCAAUGUGAUGGUGCCCAUCGUGAUUGUGAAGACGAAGGACAUGCGCAACUCGACGAACAUCUUCCUCACCAACCUGAGCAUCGCGGACCUGCUGGUGCUGCUCGUCUGCACGCCCACCGUCCUCGUGGAGGUCAACACUCGCCCGGAGACCUGGGUACUUGGUCACGAGAUGUGCAAGGCUGUGCCGUUCGUGGAGCUCACAGUGGCCCACGCCAGUGUGCUGACCAUCUUGGCCAUCUCGUUCGAGCGCUAUUACGCAAUCUGCGAGCCAUUAAAGGCCGGCUACGUCUGCACCAAGGGGCGGGCCAUCCUCAUCUGCGUCCUGGCCUGGGGCAUUGCCGCGCUCUUUACGAGCCCCAUUCUGUGGGUGGCCGAGUACAAGCUGGCCGAGUACAUUGAUGGAUCGUCGGUGGCCGUGUGCCUGACCCAGGCCAUCAGCGACUGGACGCUGGCCUUCUUCCUGAUGACCAUCUCGGUGUUCUUCGUGCUGCCGUUCGUGACCCUGGUGGUGCUGUACGGCAUCAUCGCCCGGAAUCUGGUCUCCAACCGGGCGGCCAUGCUGCGCGCCCGUCCCACGAAGCCGGAACUUAGUCUGAAGGCCCGCAAGCAGGUGGUCCUAAUGCUCGGCGCCGUGGUGCUGUCCUUCUUCGUCUGCCUGCUGCCCUUCCGCGUCCUCACCCUGUGGAUCAUCCUCAGCACGGACCAAACGCUGCACGAUCUGGGAUUGGUGCGCUACUACAGCCUGCUGUACUUCUGUAGAAUCAUGCUGUACCUCAACUCGGCCAUGAAUCCGAUUCUUUACAACCUGAUGUCAACCAAGUUUCGAAGAGGUUUCAAACGGCUUUGCCAGGACGCAGGGCGAUUAUUGCUGGAAUUUGUAACGCUGGGAAGAAGGAAAGAAGACUCUUCUCGCGGGCGCAGAGGUACCUUGUCACUGGGCAUGGGCACCAAUACGAACACCAAUACCAACUCCUCAAACGCAACGGCAGCCACGAGCUCCAGCAUUCUCUCGAGGAGCUCCAAUCGGAGGUGCAGCGAGGAUAUCAGUCGCACUCGCCUUAAGAUCGAGAUGCAGAUGCCAUGUGGCAGUGAUCUGGAGGCCAUGGCCAUGCUGCAGCAUUCCACCUUGGGCAAGGGAAUGGCCAGGAGAGUCAGUGAUAGCCGCUUUAUGCCUCUGAGAAACCAUCAACCACGACGCCACAAGCCGCAAAUAAGUUUCGACGAGGAGGCACUGGAGGAGAAUAAACUUGGUGAAGGGAAAAUCCCAACAAAGGGUCGAGAAAAGCUCCCUGGAAUAGCAGGAGAAAUAGUAAAUCUGCCCGAAAAUCCCCUCUAAGCGAGAUGGUCGUGAAAAAUCGCCUUUAACCCGUUUACACACUCGCUUCACUUGGCUGGAAUGUGCCGAUGACGCUGAACCCGAUCCCGAUUCCUAUUCCCUAUUCUCCUGGUAAACACAAAUCGCUUCCUGAACGCUUUUGGCAGCCAUAAUCGAUUUCAGUCACCCGCUGACAGCUGCCGACAAUCCCGAAUCGUAGUUGGGCUGCCGCCUUGGACAUUUCCGUACCAAAAACAAUCAAUUUUUCGGGCUAUUAAACUCGAAUGAAUGUGCCAAAGAUAAAUAACAGCAACGACAGCCGAACAGCACUAAAACUACCACUACUGGUCAGGGUUAGGAGUCCAGAUAUCGACUGGCAGUAAGGGGUAAGCCAUUAGUCGGCCUUCGAGGAGCGGAGCUGGCAAAUGGAAAUGGCUUAAUAUGCGUUUGGGCGAACCAUCAGGUCGGCGGAUAAACAUGAUUUAGGUGUAUUGAAAUAGUUUCCGUACGCCGUAAGCAGGACCAGACAAAAUGGCCGCCAUUACACGGGCGGCCAUCACCGGAAGUCGAAAAAACUGUUGCCUACUUGGCGGCGACUCAGAUAAAAAGCUUAGCUCAAUAUGCACACAAUGUCCACAUGUAAACACAGCUGUACAUACACAUACACGCACUAGCACACAUAGCCAAAUAUUAAUAUUUAUAUUUGUACGAACAUAUUUAUAUACACAUAUUUACAUAUAUAUACUCUGCUUAUAAAUACAAGGAACCACACGCACACACACACACACUAGAGAGUUUGUAAGUAAAUAAAUUUUUUAUGACAACUCAUGGCGGGUCUUUUUCACAUUACCCCAUCCAAUCGGAAUCUGUAAUUUAUAUAAUUCUAAGGAAAUCGGACAAAUGUCCGUCCUCUGUAAAUAUACGUAUUCGUACCAG